UGUCACAACUACUGCUCUGGAAACUACAGCUUGGGAUCCCUCAGAAAUGCCUGUCAUGUUCCUCCUCCCUCCAUUGCCCUCUGCUCUAUGAAUGUGAGCGGUGGGAAUGUUCUCUGCUUGCCCUGCAGCUGUCAAGACCAUAUCUGGCUCCUGAGCAACGGCCAAGAGACCUGCAGUGAACCUACCAACUGCCAGCCGGCCAGCUGUGAGCCCAGCAACUGUGAAACUUCCAGCUGCUCUCCCUCUGGUUGCUAUGUGCCCAGACCCUGCCAAGGCACCAGGUUUCUUCCCGCUUCUUCUUGCAUCUCUGGAUCCUGCUUCCCAGUAUGCUAUAGACCUCUGAGCUAUGUGUCUAGCAGCUGCCAACCCCUGAGACUCCUCACUUACGGAUGCCGCCCCUUGGAAUUGUCCAAACACUUGUUUUGCCCUCCUCUACUUCCCAAUAGAGAUUCUCUAUAUUUGCUUCAUGUCUCCAAUUACUCCACAUCUGCCCUCAUUUCAUAUCAUCUUCUUGUUCACCCUACCCUUCCUCUCCUUUGGGAUAAUUCUUUUGGCAUUGUGUCCAGCAGCCUCAGACCUCUGCAUCCUCUCCUCAGUGGAUGCCAGCCUCUGACACGUGUGUUUAGUACUUGCCACCCGUCUUGCUCUGCCUGGGGAGGCCUGUAA